AUGGCCUGCAUAGCCCCGGCUGGAAGUUUCAGUGUGCAGCUGAACGUCUUGGGGUCAACUCAGGCACGAACGAGGCAAAUAACUCUGAUUGCAUCUAUACUCUUCGCGCCCAGCAUGUACGAUUCUCCCGACACAGACUCGUUCACUACGCUCCACCACCCGGAUCAGGCAUCGAUCGCCCGACCCAAUACCCACCGAGCCGAGUCCCUACAGCAUGCUGGUGGCGCCUGGAGGGACACACAGAUUCGGCCGUCUCCGAGCAAUCCUGCUCUUUUUGGCCCCUAG